GUUCUGUCAGAAAAGCUUUUAUGUUUGCGCGAUCAUCCAACCGAGCUAGUCCAGAGCUAUACGAAAAAUAAAUUUGGCCGUGAAUAAACGCGCUGUUAGGUCGUUUUAUUCAAUGAUUCGCCGCGAGUGCAUUCUAACAUUCAACUGUAUAUCAUUCAACAAGCUUGAAAACAACUGAUCCAGCUGUCCACCCACGGAGCAGCCUCUCUUGUUUUAGUUCGAAAGUUUGAGUCGAAGUGUGCAAAUUUUUCUGCCUCAAAACGUGAAUCAGAAAGUCAGAGGUGAAAUUCUUUCUAGUGGUUGUGAAGCGAAGAAAGGGUAGUAAGAGUACAAAAAGUGGCUGAAACGGCUCACCCGUUAGUGCGUGGUGUGGCACCGGAAAGUAGUAAGUAAGCAGUAAGCGAAUAGUAACAAGGAAGCUCAUUGUUCCAAAACCGGAAGUAGGAAGUUUUGCAAGCGAAUCGAAGUGCAAUGUAUUUCUACAAAAACAAAUUGCUGCAGCCUGGACAGCUGAAGAAGCUAGGCGAACACAAAUACUCCUGUACCAACGUGAGCAUGCUGGACCCGUUUCUGCAGCCUUGGUGGUGCUGGCUGGUUGCAAGGGUCCCACUAUGGUUGGCCCCGAAUCUGAUCACAAGCGUUGGGCUGAUUGUCAACAUCAUUACCACACUUAUUCUUAUCUACUUUAGUCCAAAUGGCCGCGAAGAACCGCCACGGUGGGCAUGUGCCCUCUGUGCCCUUGGGCUGUUCUUCUAUCAAAGCCUGGACGCUAUCGACGGGAAGCAGGCCCGGCGGACAAAUUCGUCCUCUCCGCUGGGUGAGCUGUUCGAUCACGGGUGCGAUUCGAUUUCGACCGUGUUCGUAGCGCUUUCGGCGUGUGUAUCCGUCCAGCUUGGCUACUAUCCGCGCUGGAUGUUCUUCCAGUGUUUCUGUGCGAUGACACUGUUUUACUGUGCCCACUGGCAGACGUACGUAUCCGGAACGCUGCGAUUCGGCAAGAUCGACGUGACGGAGGCGCAGUGCACGAUUAUCGGGAUUCAUCUGAUAUCGGCCGUGUUCGGGCCGUCGAUCUGGAUGACGAAACUUCCGAUUAUGGGUGGAAUCGACAUUAGGAUAGUGCCACUUUAUUUUGCCGUUUUUGUGUUUGGGCUGUUAGCCUACGAGAACGCGUCCGUGAUCUUCACGGGAGGCGUCGGGAAAAAUGGAUCAACAGUAGCUGGAACCAGCGUGCUAUCGCCCAUCAUACCGUUCCUGUUCGUUGUCGUACCCGCGUACGUAAUUUCGCAAAAGUCCACCGAUCACAUCUACGAAAAUCACCCGUCGCUCUACAUCAUGGCCUUCGGAAUGAUCACGGCUAAGGUGACCAACCGGUUAGUGGUCGCCCAUAUGACUAAAAGCGAGAUGGAGUAUUUGGACUGGGGCUUGAUCGGGCCGCUGUGUCUCUUCCUGAAUCAGUACUUCAACAGUUUUCUGCCAGAGUACUACUUGCUGUGGUUCGCGAUGCUGUGGUGUUCCGUCGAUCUAGUUCGGUACUGUGGACAGGUGUGUCUGGAGAUUUGUGCCUACCUGAAGAUCGAGCUGUUUCGUAUCCCGUACCCGCCAAGACCACUAAUGACAUCACAAGGUACGAAUCCACCCCAUCAACAACAUCACCACGAAGCGUCCUCCUCCUCGGAAGCGGAUGAUCACCAGUCACCGGGGCUGAACAACAAUAGCGGUAGCAGUCGUAGCGGUAGCAAAUCACCACCGAUUAGUCCCAGCCGUAACCUGACCGUUAGGCCGCUGUUCGGGCGAACGCAGUCUGAAAGCAGUAGCGGGACGCCGCGUUCGUCACCCAGAAAACCUCUACACUAGUGCUGGAUCGAACUCUACCAGGGCGGACAUUUUGAAGAUAAAAAACGUAAAUCACGCUAGGUAACAGAAACGAACGUAGAAUUUAGUCACUUAGUUCGCGUAGGUUUAAAGUGUCGAAGUAUUUUGCCAUGCCUCGUGCUUGCCUUGAGAGCGUAUUGUUUACAGUAAAGGGCCAUUUGUGGUGGAAUGUGUGUGUGUGAUCAUAUAACGGAUCUACCUAGGUAGCAGGCUGGUGUUUGUACUCAAAAGUGUUGGUCGUUCGAUUUAAGCACUAUCCACCAAAUGACUAUGAUUCAUGUUUAGUGCAAAUGUCGGUAUAAUAGGAAUAUUUAUUUAUUAAAUAGCAAUGCAAAAUA